AUGCGAGCGUGUCUUACAGACCAGGCGUCGUGUGGCUGCUGUCUGAUGCAGCAACAGAUACAUAGGAUGAAGAUGUUCUUUAACACUAGCCUUAAUGAGCUGGAGAAGGAACUGAUGAAAACAAAGACCAUCCUCAACAAUGUCAGAGCCAGUCGCAGUGCCUUCUCUGUCGCUCUAACCACUGAAAGCAGUUUGAAAUGCUUUGGUCCCUUUCGCGAUGACAAGAUCAUCACCUACAAGCACACAUUCAUCAACCUGGGUGAUGGCUACAACACUGAUACUGGUAUCUUCACUGUUCCCCGCUCUGGUGUCUACAGCCUCGCCCUCACCAUCUACAGUGACGCUGGUGCUCCUGGCAACACUUUGGCCGCCUGCGCCAGUCUGCAGGUUAACGGCCAGGUGGUGGCAGGACCCAGAGAGAAAAAUAUGCAAGACCAAGAGGACAGUGCCACUAUUGUUAUGGCCAUUCAUCUGAAGGCUGGGGAUCAGGUAGCUGUCAGCCUGCCCAUUGGAUGUUUCCUCUGCGAUGACAACAGCAACUACAACACUUUCAGUGGUUUCCUGCUAUAUGCUACUGAUUAAGUCAGGGAAAUGUAGCUGCUGUGUAUCUUUAUUCUUGUCUGUGUAUCCUUGUUCUUGUA